AUGUUCUCAACAUUUGCAAUAUGUUCAGCAAUUUUCAAUAACAGAAAAUAUGAGGGUUCGGGCCGAGCAAGAAGAGUUCUCUCAAUGAAUUCUCUUUUAAAGUUUGGUAGUGGAACAUUACUGUUAAAAGCAGAUGGUUCCUUUCGCGGGUGUAUUGAAAUUCCUGAGCAGUGCUUGCUUGGAGCAAAUGAAUCUAUAGUAGACAAGAUUUUUGGAGUUGCAGAAGAAGAUGAUUAUGCAAAAUGUGCCAUUUUGACACCUACUAACAUAGAUUCAUUAGCAAUAAAUGAAGAAGUUUUGGACCGUUUACCAGGCGAUGUAAAAGUUUAUUUAAGUGCAAAUACUAUUGAAACAGAUGAUCUUAACGAAAUCAACAAUUUUCCUGUUGAGUUUUUAAACAGUCUUACUCCAUCGGGAAUGCCUGUUCAUUGCCUAAAACUAAAAAGUAGUGCUGUUAUAAUGUUACUUCGAAAUUUAGGUAUUAAAGCUGGACUUUGCAAUCGUUAA